CCCGUCUCCUCCCUCCUCCCGUCCAGACCCGCCAUAUACCCGCGUUCCCGCCGUGGUUCCCAGCAGUGCACGCCCUUCGUCUCGCGGUGAGGCACCGGCAGCGACCUGCUCCACCCUCGUCUCUCUCCUCUCUCCCUGCUGCCUCGGCCCUCUCCGCUGCUGGGCCGUCGCGGCCUUUUGUCCGGCACCGCCGUGCGUGUGACCGCCGCAGAGCACCAUGUCGUCCAGCGCCGAGGCAUACAUCACCGCGCCGGCGGCGCCGCCGCCGAUCAGCACGACGGCCGCGCGUCCUGGCGGGCCUGUCCGUGCUGCGUCGCAGCGCAGCGCCUCGUCGCCCGUCUCGCCGGCGGUGCUGGGCCGUAUGUCCUGGUUCGGCUCGGUCGACGGCGACUCGGACGAGGAGCAGCGCUCGCCGACGCCCGGACCAUCGGCCACCAUCUUCGGCGUCGAGCCGGCCAUCUUCUGGGCGCAAGCUGCGCGUGCCAUCGCCGACGACGAGGAUCCUGAGCCGCUCUCUGGCGCAGCUGCUCCGUCGCUGGCACGCUCUCGCUCGCUUCGUCGCGCCAGCAUGCCGCCACUACAGUCGCCACAACGGCCAGUUCCAGAGGCCCUCGGCCUGUCUCUAGGCUCCGAGUCGGCGGGGCCGAGCUCUCCGGCGACGUCGCCGCCACCGGUGCCAGCAAAGGCGCGGCGGCGGCCCACCGGCACGGGCAUCCUGAGCCGGCUGCGACGCAUCAAUAAGCGAGAGGCACGGGACGCUCAGCGGCACAGCCUCGAUGCGUCGACUCUGAGUCAUGUGACGCCAGCAACGCCCGACGCUGUCACCUCGCCGCCGCCCAGCGUGAUGGAUUCGGUCCAGGAAUGGAGCUCUGCUGGCUCAGCCGAGGAGCCUGCGGCACAGAGAGCCUUGCGCGAGCUGCCGUCGGUGAGCGCCGUGCAAGGACGCGGGCCGCCGUCGCCCAUCUUCUUCAAGGACCUGCCUGGCGUCGAGCGCACGCCGCACUUUGUCUACGACGGCUCCGCGCGGCCGAGCCGCGAGCGCAUACACUCGCUGCAGCCCAGUCUUGUCGACGACGAAAGCAUCAGAGCGGACAGCGACGAGGAAGAGGAGGAAGACGCGCUCAACUUCGACGAGCACUGGCUGGAGCAGCGUGUCGAGGAACGGCGAAGAGAUGAGUUCGGAGACGCGACGACUGAGCUCAGCCCAGCUCCUCCCGCGUGGGCUCUGCAAGAAGCAGAGCCAGAAGAUCCUGCAACGCCGAUGGAAGGCGCGCCACGUGUCGACAAGCCGGCGCCUGCAGCUAACUUCGCUGCCGGUCCGCCCUCGACCUUCGCCUUGGGCCAACCCCCGUCAUCAGCCGCUGAGCGGGCACUCAAUCGUCGGCGACAGCCGAGCUUCCCAGGUGCCUUCACAUGGGUUCCCGAUGCUGCCGCCGAUGCGGUCUCGCCGCUGUCCACGCCGCAAGCUGAAGCUCCACCGGCGCUGCAGCUAAAUGGCGCAUCGACGUCUGCCGAUGAGAGCGCACACCCUCCUCGCGAGUCGUCGGAGUACUUGGAUGCGCAUUCGCGGCACUCGAGCAUAGACGAAGCACCCUCACCCUUCAGUGACUCGACGGACGCUGCCGGGCCUCCUGCUGCGCAACUGCUUGCCUUGUCGCUGUGUGAAGCACGCACGCAGACCCCCGCCGACGAGGUUGACACGCCGCGGGGACAUGCAGCACAACGGACCUCCUAUUUUGAGGCCACAUCUCACUCACGCUCGGCCACCACGGACUCGACUGCGACUGAGUCGACGGCCCCAGUGUCCAUUGCAGACUCGAUCAAGGCAGCAUCCGAGGCAUCCUCUCUCGCAAUGGCGGCGGCGGAGCUACCCGAGCCGCCGCAGUUCCAUGCCGUCGCACCAGCGACUUACACUUGGCUGCGCAAAGCCGAGCUCGCGCCCGCGCAGCUCUAUUGUUUUGUGCGCGAGAUGGUGGCCAGGCAGCUGCGCUGGGAGCUCGAUCGUGCAUGGCUACUUGAUGGCAUCUCGGCGCCAUCGAAGCCCGCAGCCCUGGGCCGUGACGAGCUCGCAAUUUUCAAGAAGCGGCCUGCCUUCGCCGCACUGCCGCGUCCACGCCUGCCGAUCAUCCAUUUCCUUCUCGCCCGAGCGCUCUCCACCUGUCCUCUCUUCUCGCCGGCCUCGGCCGGCGCGCCAGACGUCCACAGGUUCGUCACAGAGGGCGUGCUACCUCUGCUCCGCAAGCGCCAGGACUUGUCGCUCAGCGAGCCUGUCGACCGGCACGGCGAGGGCGACGGCUCCGACUACAGCGCAAAGUCCACCCUGAACGUCGUCAGCCGCGCAAUCUCCGCACUGCUUGUCAAGUACAUCACCGCGGUGCUGAGAAAAGGCCUGUCGCGCAAGUCUGCUGCUCAGGUCGCUGCAGUGCCCUGGCCCCGAGCACCGGAGCUGAUAGCAGUCAUGCCGCCGAGCGCGUACGUCGCUCACCGACUGCAAGUCUCACAGCUCAAGCAGGGCGGCAUGGAAGUGGACAUCAUCUCGCUGCGCGCCCGAUCCGGCACCGACUGCGAAUUCUUGCUGUCGGUGCGGCGCUACGGGUUUCCCAUCGUGUAUGUGCUGCGCAGCGAGGAGGACUUCUUCCAGUUCGCCCGGAGCCUCGCUGCAGAGCUGGGCCCCAAAGCGCGCGUGCGUCCGCUGCCUCCGCGCUGGCGUGGCUCUGGCAUGGACGCUGCCGACGCAGGCUCACUCGGGCCUCUCACCGGCAAUGCGGCACUCGAGAGCCAGCGCCGCUCUUCGGUCGCCUCGAUGCAAAGCAUACUCUCGCCGCGCAGCGCAGGUAUGGAAAAGACGAGCUCGAUCCAGAGCUCUCGCUCGAGCAUCAACAUGGACGUCUCAUCGGGCACCCGCCCGCCGCGUUACGGCGGCUCGAGGCCCCAGCCCAAGCGCUCGCGAAGCAGUGACUCGACAGGGAGCGGCCUGGCCCUCUCGCCUGCACCUGCACAAGAAUUUCCAGGAGCCAACACAAGUCAAGUGUCCCUCACAGCCAGCGAGCGAGGACUGCCGCGCGGACGCACCGACCCGUACGGAGCUGGCUCGCCCGACUCGAUGCCUCUCUCGCCCGGGCUUGCCUCAGUCCGGACCUUUGAGCAGUUUGCUUCAGGCGAGAAGCCGCCGCGCCGUUCACGCAUCUUCGCUGGGCGGCGGGUCUCGUCACGCGGCACCUCACCCAUCGGCGCGAGGCCCGAGGAAAGCUCCUCUGGUGCUGCAACAGCUCAUCACGAGCUCCGGCGCCACCAUCUGCGGGCCUGGCUGCGCGAUGCUCUCGCUGUCCGGGGUGCAGGUCAUGGCUCCGAGACGCAAGCCUUCUUGUCGGUGGGCAGCCUCACGGACAAGGAGAUGCGGCCAGGGACGCGAGCCGAUGCCGAGGUUCGGAGAGCCAUUGACGAGACCAAGCGCGCGGAUCGCGAAGCUGUCGCAGCCGGAGCUGCAGCAGAGGCGCUCGAGCUGCACGAUGAGCUCGAGACCUUAUGGCGCGCCUGCACUGACGGAGACGAGCUCCUGCGCGCGUACGCUGCAAUUCAAGAUAGCAGCACAUUCUCCGCUCUGCCGCUGGCGUAUCAGCGGGCCGUCUCCCUGGCAAAUCUGCGCCUGUCGCAUGGUCUCUUCGGCGUUUUCGUGUCGGGCAGCGAGUCCGGCAAGAACCUGCAGCGCGCGCAGGAUCUCUUCCACGCCUUCCCCUGGCGCAGCCUCUCGCAAGCGAUGGAUCAGCCCGGAGGCAUCAUGCUGCAACGAGUGCGCAGUGCGAUUGCCGGCGGCGACUUUGUCGGCCGCCUACUCGCCGUGCUGCUCGAAGAUGGCGGGCUGGCCGGCAUGCAGGCCGAGCUGGCUGAUCUUAAGCGCAGAUUUGGCUCGACGAUCAUGCGCAAGAUCGAGAACUUCGUGCAGAUGCAGGACGCGCAGAAGCGGCUCGUCCGGCAGAGUGCCGAAAUGGCGUGCAUUCCGCUCGUCGCUGCCAUUGCGCGCGGCUCGGACAGCCCAAGGCUGACCCCCGAGGGCGUGCAGCGCAUCGUCAAGGCCACGCGUGCGCACCGCGAGUUCGUCGAGACGUUGCCGAGCGACAAGGAGGUGGCAGCCAAGCUCAAGGCAAAUGUCGACGUCCGCCUCAUCUACGACAUGCAGCGCGCCCUGCGGCUGCUCUCGCUGCGACGCGACGCCACGCUGGUGCGCGAGACGCUGCAGAUGCCCGAGAUCAAGCGCAUGGUCGAGACGCUGCUCGAGCCUCUCAUGCACACGCUGCGCCGUGUGCAUCGCUGUCUGCCGCUUGCCAGCGUCGUGGAGGAUCUGCGCGAGUUCCUCUCGCGACUCCUUGACGUGCUCUCCGGCCUGCGCUCCCGCGUUCAAGAGCCCUGGCGCAGCGUCUCUACCAUCGCGACGCUGCUGGACGAUGCCGUGCCUGCAUGGUACGGCGUCCUGCACUCGCUCUCCGCGAAGGACAACCUCGUCGAGCAGCUCUUCGCAUGGCUGCACAGUCUCGCGCGCAUCAUCGGCAGCGGCACGUCCGAUGUCAGCGUGGCCUGGGCGCCACCCAUUAUUACGCCCAGCAGCGCGAGCAAGCCCGCGCCAGGAGUCCCGCAAGGAGGCGCAGUCCCGCUUGAUGAGCUGCGCCGCGACCUGAGCGAGCUCGAGGCGGCGGCGCGGCGCCGCGCUGUCGCAGAGAUGCGCGAGACGUGCCGAUGGGCCGCAGGCGACGUUGAUGCGUACUCGCCGAUCCAGCUGCAGGGCUCCGGCGGCAAGACGAGGACCGACCCGAUCUUGGCCCCGCCCGUCAAGCCGGCUGCUCCUACGCCGGCCCUCGACCGCUUCCGUCCGGGCUUCCGGGCCGCCUUGGCACGAGUCUUGCGCUAGCAAGUCUCUCGUUGCGCGGGCCUGGCUCCCUACUCUACUGUAUCGAUUGCACGGCCGAUGCCGGCCAGAUGUACUUCUACUCUGUAUGAUUAUUCCAAUGCACGCAGCUUGCCCUCGAGGGCGUCGAGCUCGUCGCAAAGUGAAGCGAUCGCGUCCGCCUGUUCCGCCGUCGUCGCACCGUUGAGCU